AUGUCCAACAUGAUCAAGUCAAAUCAAAUGAAUGACUUUACGCAUAAUCGAAAUUCAAAUCAAACAAACUACAAUGGGAUUCGACAGACAAAUGGAUAUGCUAAUAAGUCUAACAAUCCUGUUGGACGUUAUACGAUUGUAUCAAAGUCAACGACAGUGAAAAAUGGAGCUAAUAAAGGUUAUUAUCAACCUGCAAGUCAUUAUUCUCAACUAGACACAACAAAACGUUCACAAUCUCAACAGAGUGUAGGAAGAACUACGUCUACAGGAUCUGUGAAUAACUAUAAUCACACCAACUAUUCCUCGAAGAACUCUACCAAUGACAUCAAUCAGUUAUUAUCACCUUCUAGUGAUAAAUUAAACGGUGUUAAUUCCUACUCAAACAAAUAUCCUGAUAUACAACAUUCAAAAUCACAUUCAGUUUCAUCUACCCUAUUGUUGCGUGAUGCAAAUUCACUGAAAUCAGGCGGUGGUGGUGUUGGCGUUGGUGCAUAUCGUGAACAAAGUCGUUCAGUUGGUGGAAGUUUAUCCUGUGGUCAGCCUAGUCCAACAUCAACAGUUGAAGAUUCAAAUACAACAGCAUUUUCACCAACUAGUACGCAUACACUUGAUGCUGAAAAUUCUAAUCGUGGCCUAUGGUUAUAUCAAUCAGAGUUGAAUUUACCAACAAAUAGUGAAGAUACAAGUUUGGAUUACACAGUGAUUACACCGUAUAAACGUUCAGAAAGUCAACAGAUAUCUAUUCUAUCUGAUUUUGAUACUAAAAAUAGAAGUCAAACAAUAAAUAAUAUUUCAUAUAAUCCAAAUUCGGUUAAAUACAAUUCAGUGAGUUCCGCCAUGCUUUAUACCGGCAAUAACGCUAAUCAACGCAGUAACAACAACAAUAAUAAUAAUGAGGAUUAUAUGAAUAAUUAUUCUUCAGGUCCAAGUUUUCGAAAGAUUCAAAAUCUUCACGGUGGAGGUGGAACACAGAAGCGUUUUCCAUCCGAUACAACGCUUAAUACUACAACAAGAGAAGGACCCCAGAUAUAUACAUCUGGUAGUCGUCCUGGUCCAGUGACAAUUCCUGCUCGAAGCAGAAGUGCACAGCCUAGUCCUGGGCCAAGUCCAACUAUAAGCCCUGUGACAUGUUUUCGAGCUUCUGAAAAUAAUCUGGUACAAGGUACUAAUGGAGAGAAAAACUCUUAUGUAGCAAAAUCUCAGAAAAUCAACUUAAAUGUUACAAAUGCUCAACGACGCGGUUCAUCACCGUCUCGAGUGGAACACAAUAAUGUGAAUUCAUUUACAUCUGAUGGUCCUGAGGAAGAUGGCGAGUCUCAUAUUUUACCUUCAGUCAGGGAAAUCAUUCGUCAGGUUGAAGCUAUGACACAAUCGAAUGCAGCCACAUCGACAACAGAUAUUUUCACUCUUGGUCUUAAUAAUGGAUUGGGUGGAAAUCCCUCAGUUCAAAAACAAAAUGGUCAACCUACUCAGGUUUCACAACCACGUAAACCUACUGCAAACAAUGACAGUCAAUUUACGCGGGGUAGUAUUCUUAGACAAGGAGGCAGUAGUCAAAGGACGCCUAGUGCACCACAGCUAAGAAAUGCCAGCUAUGGUAGUAAUUCUCAACAAUAUACACCUAUUCAAGCAAAAUUCAAUGCAGCUGUAUCUACUACUCAGCAGAAACCUGUCGCUCCUCCUGUUCCACCGCAUGGAAUUGCACGUAACAAGCCCAUUAUUGGUUCUUUCACACGAAGAAUUGAACCUCAAACAAAUGAUACAAAUGCUACACAUAAGCAAUCAGAUAUAACAGGUGCACCGAAAAAAUCUGAACUUCUAAGUCAUUUACCUACAGACUAUCAAAAGCUGCGUGAAGCAUUUAUCGAACAACGAAGAGAAAUUCAACGUUUAAGAAAACAACUAGCAGAAAAGGAUUUACAAAUUGCCCAACUAGAAGGUGAUAUACGACUCUAUGAACCAUGGCGUUAAAUUAUAUUCUAAGAAAUGCUUUCCAAUUAAAAACAACAACAACAAAAUAUAAAUAUUAGUUUAAACCGGACAACAUUCAAAAAUUUCUCAUUUACUUUCGCUUUCUAUGUUUCUCUGUUCUUGAUAUUCUUAUCAUCAUCACCUGUGUAUCUCUGCAUUGGUUUUUUUAAAAAUUUAAGUCUUGUUUCACGGAAAAAAUUUAUGAACGAAAAUAUGGAACAUUAUGAGUUAAAUUGACUUUAGGUAUACCUACAGUUAGACGUCUAGU